AUGGUCCAGACCGACCACGACAAGGUCACUUUUGAAAAGGUGCUCUGGCGCAAGCAGCCGUUCGCAGACAACUUUGUACCGCCGACGUUUCUCUCGGACUUGCGCACCAACUCGCAAGUCAUCCUCCCGACGUGGUUCGAGCUAGUCCAUGCAUCGUUGCGCAUCUCGACGCGCUUCCUGUGCGUCUGUCUGUUUGCGCUGCUGUUUGUGCAUCUGCACUUGGGCACCAUCGACGCCGAACUCCUGCUCGUCGCUGCCAUCAUCGCCUUUUGCCUCGUAACAUUCUUCACUGGAAGAGGGACGAGUGCCGCGGACCGCGGCCAAGGGCGCAAGAAGGCGGUGGGCGGCGUGCUCAGUAAGACGAUCAUGGCGCUGGUGCUACUAGCCGUCUCGCCCGUCCUGCGCACACUCACGGAAUCGACCACGUCUGACAGCAUUUGGGCGCUCGCCGUCGCCCUGUUUGCGCUGCAUCUCACGCUGGCCGACUACUCUUCCUCGGCAAAAGGGAAACGGCUGAGCUCGACGCUCUCGUUCAACGCGGCCAUUUCUGCGAGUGUUGUGUUGGCCUCCAGGCUGGGCACGGACAGCGAGAGCUUCACGCUGCUCGUGCUGGCCGUGCUGCUCUUCGCUCCCACCACCACCGCCAGCGGCGGUCAAGACGAAGGAGGAAGAGGGGGAAGGACAGGGUGGUUGGUUUUUGGGGCCGUGUAUGUUGGCUGCAUGGCGGCUGCGGCGCUGUGUAGUGUUGGUGGUGCUGGUGGAGAGGAGGAGGGGGAGGAGGGGUGGUGGUGGGUUGUGGUGAUGGUGUGGGUGAAUGUGGUGGUGGCGUUCGUGUCGGUGGUGUGUCCGUGGUGGAUCAUUCAGGCGCAGCGGUGGAAGAUGGAGAUCAAGGGGCCUUGGGAUCCCGCUGAGCCGGUGCUUUCGUCGUCUGUAUCGCGCAUGUAG